AUGGUGUUCCUGCAGUCGAAAUCGGAGUUCGCGCUGGCGGACGAUCCGGCCAAUCAGCCGGUCGAUGAAGUGGACGCGGCGCUGAGCCAGCAGCUGAAUGGGUUCGUGCGUCAGGCGGUGCGUCAGAUUAAUCAUCCGGAAGAGAUGAUCGUGAGCGUGAAUCAACGACAUUAUCUGUUUUAUUCCAUCGCGGAGUAUGUCGCGGGGCUGCAGGUGUACGAGAAGGAAGCAGGGAGAGAGGAAGUCGUGCUGCCGCCGCUUUUAGAGGGGUCAAUCGUGGCGAUGGAGCAGAGUAUUAAUCUAAAUGAGUGCAUUGUUUGA